CAGAGAGAUCACAGCAGAAGAGAGAAGGAAGAGAUGAGGGAGGUACAGCAGGGGUAUCACUGCAGAGCAGGAGGAGGGAACAGAGAGAGAGGAAUCCCCUGAAUACCAGAGAGGAGAGACAGACAAAAGGAAGGGAGAGAAAGAGAAGGGAUGGAGGCAGAGAGAUAGAGGGAGAAGUACCAGCAGGGUGUAUGGGGGGAAGAGCAUCAUAAAGCAAUAAGAGGAGAGAGAGGGAGAGAGAGAGGAACAUUUACAGUUUUGCAAGGGAAUAUUUGGAGUAUUUGGCAUCUGUGUUAUUAUCCUGAACCCGCACCAUGCAGGGAGUUGGGAGAGACGCAAGGACCGGGGACUCCCCAAAGAGGGAAAAGGAUCUGCGGAGCUCGGCUAUUCUGCACCAACAGAGACGACUCAAACAAGCCACACAGUUUGUGCACAAGGAUUCUGCAGAUCUGCUGCCGCUGGACCAGCUCAGGAGACUGGGGACCAGUAAAGAUCUGCAACCACACAGUGUGAUACAGAGGCGUCUCCUGGGAGGCAGCCUAAGCACUGAAAGCAGUGACCAAGAACUUCCAAUUCCACCGUGCAUCAAGGGAACCGACCCACCCCCACAGGGCGACAAGAGGAUACAACCAACUCAGUCAGACGGGGAGACCCUCUGUGCCUGGAAAGAACAAGCUUUGCUCAUACCAUGCAAGGUUUGUGGCCAUGAUAUAUGGGCCAAACUAUGUACGGAACAUCAGCAAAACCUCAUCUCCCGGAGCUGCGCUGAAAAGCUGGGAUUAGGGACCUCUGAGCAGAACGGACACAAUCUUCCCAAGGAGCUCCAGCUGGACAUAGAAUUGGGGCCAGAGAGACUGACCUGUGAAGCAGUGAUCAUGGAUGAGGACCUCACCGAGUUUUUUCUUGGCCUCAAGACACUGGUCUCUCUUAAGAGCUGCAUUGAUCUGGAACGAGGUGUCCUUAAAACACCACUCCAGGAAAUCCCAUUCCUAAACCCUUUUGAUACCAAGAGCAACACAGAGAAACCAGUGAAGGAUCAGUCGCCUCAGCAAGGUACCACAGAGCAAUGAUCUGCUGCAUAUCUUAUUUGGGUAACUCCAUACACAUACAACUGUCAUCCUUAAUAAAGCACAAGCACCUUCCAAUGGCUACCAUACCAGUACCCUAAUCAUAGUGCUUACACUGCAGAACCACAUGUUACUUGACCGGAAAGGAGAUGGGACAAGAACAGUGAUAUAUUCCCUUGCAUGUUACUUUGUUCCUAGGAACCUGAUACAACAAACUUUGGCAAUUACUAUCAGACCGCUCUGCAUGCUCUUUUUCUGGAAACUCGUAUUCAAGUUCUAGACAGAGCUUAUAUUGUAUCUGUGGUGAUGUCUCAAACAAAACUAGACUAGGGUACACAUCAUCACUAAUGCAGAAUUAAAUAGCACAGACAGGAAGGUAAUUCGAGUCAGCACUCAGCAACGGAAACUAAUUGCAGAAGGGGUGCACGUCACAGGUAGCCACUUCCACCCGAACAUCAAACUCAAUUCUCCCAGAUAGACAGCACCACACGUUCAGAAAAGAUUACUUAAAAAGCCUUUAUUAGCACAAGGGCUUGUAUAAGACAGAAUUACAGCGAUGUUUCAGGCCUACAUCAGCCUUUCCUCAAGCUGGAGGAAAGGCUGAUGUACUGUAGGCCUGAAACGUUGCUGUAAUUCUGUCUUAUACAAGCCCUUGUGCUAAUAAAGGCUUUUUAAGGAAUCUUUCCAGACAGGAAGGUACACUACAAUAGCCUGCUCUAUAUCAUUACCAAACCAAAGGGAUUUAUAUGAAGUUCCCCCUUACUUUGCCGUUAGAACUGUCUGUACUCUUCUAUAAUGCUUCCCAAUAGAUGUUGGAACAUUGUUGCUGGGAGUUGCUUCAAUUUAGCCAAAAUAGCAUUAAUGAGUUUAGGCACUGAUGUUGUGGUUUGAGGCCUGGCUCACGAUUGGGGUUCCAAUUCAUUGCACAGGGGUUCAGCUGGGUUGAGGUCAGGACUUUAAUUCUGAUCUCAGCAUACCCCGGACCUGGUUUUGUGCAUGGGGAUUAUUAUUGUGCUGAAACAGGAAAGAACCUUCCCCAAGUUAUAAAAAAAAAACACUUCUUUUUCUAUUAUACAAUAAGAAACUUUAUUACAAGGCUUUAAAUUGGCUCCUCUAUUAUAAAAUGUAAGGUAUUCCCUACAUAGAGGCACCAACAACUGGCAACUCAGAGCACUGUUUAAAUAGUAAAUAAAGUACCCCCUCUUGUAAAAUAUAUGGAUAUUAUAAGUUACCGAGGAGUACCAUGACCACGGCUGUGUUUUUAUACAGGUCAUGAAACUCCGAAGUGACUUCUCAUAUGCUUAUAUUUUGCAACAGGGGGUACUUUAUUUAUAAUAAUAAACAAGUUUCUGUGACAGAUGUGACAUCACUAAGCUCCGUUUAUAAUCGAUGACAUCACUAAGCACAGUUUAUAAGGAUAUAAUUUACAGGAUAUUCAUGGCUCUUGUGUAUUAUAAGGAUAUAUUUUACAGGUUGCAUACUAUAAAGUGAUAUAGCAUUGUAUGUGGCUCCACUUUGUUUCUAUUGUUUUUUUUUAAUGCACAAAAGCAUGUUUCUUAUAUCAAUAAAGUGUUUUUCCUUUACACCA